UUGUGCGGCAAAGAAGAACGCUGUUAUGCGUCGUUCCCAGGCGCCAUCAGUGCGCAGAGCAGCUAAAAUGGGCGCCACUGCUUGUGAAUUGAAUGUGGAGAAAAAAGUUUACGCGCCCUCGGAAAUGCAGUGGGGCACAGCUGGAUGCCUCAAACAUUUCAGGCCACGCAAGUACGAUGAAGGUGAGAAUCCGCUGAAGGACAAACGCAUCUUUCUCAUCCUCUGGCGCAAGCAGACCAACAAAAAACAUAAAACCUGGACAGGCAAUGGAACGCUGGAGGUGACUGCAGCUAAAGCAAUUUUAAAAGACGAAAUCGGCAAGGUGCUGGACGUUCUGACUAGCCUGAAGCCGGAGAAAUUGGAAAUAGAUGCGUUGUUAGAAUUCGGCCUGAAGGAUGUCGAAAUCCAGGAGGAGCUCAGCACCGUCGAGCAAUGCACCGCUCAAAGGAAAGAAGAAAUUGAGAAUUGGUAUCGCCAGCAGGAGGAAUCUGAUGGUCUGCUCCCCUCCUCUGCCAGCAAAUGUCAACGACCGAUGAAUAUGUUAAAGAAGCCAAAGCUGUCCCCUGAAUCUAAAUCCCUCAAAGAAAGCUCCAGCUGCAGCAUCCAGGAAGUUGCUCCUCUUUGCAGGUUAAACGAAUAUAUUUGCAUGCUGGCACCAGCAGAACUCCAAUAUCAGACGUUGCACUUGCUGGCAGAUCAUUGCCAAGAUUUAUGCACGGAAUUACCCGCUGAAUCAGCGCAUAUUGUUGGAAUAGCAGAACAAAUUUGUGAUCAUCCGGUUCUCCUCAAGCACAUGUUGAGCGAUCCACUCGUGUCGGAGUUGCUCCUGCCGCAUUUACCGCCCUGGCAGGAAAUGGGUCUAUAUGACUCGGCCAAGUUUGAGUUUGUGCAUCUAUUGUUGGACAAUUUGGUUGUGGAACACAAAGAGAAAUGUGUCAUUGUGGCAAACAGUCAGAUGUGCUUGGACAUCAUCAAAGGUUAUUGUCAAUGCUGGCAAAUAGCCCACAUUCAACUUGAAGACCAAAUACAGGCAGCUAUAUUCAAUACGCCCAGCAUGGAGGCUGCCAAGGAGCCAAUGGUUGCCGUAAUCUUAACUAGCGUGUUGCCAGCAGUCCGCUUGAGCUGCUGUAAACAUGUGAUACUCUAUAAUUAUAGGGGAAGAGAGGAGGCGAUGAGAUUACUGGCAACUGAUGGUAAUGCACAAAUGUACACGUUAAUCACAGCUGACUGUUUGGAGGAGCGUCAGUUUCAAAAAGAACUCGGCCUAGUCGAUUGCACGGAUUCACUUAAUCUGCAUGUGAAUGCCACACACGAGCUACUUGCAGCUCGACAAAAUACUCUUGUAACUUGGAACCAAUGGCAGCCACCAUUUAGCGAAGCAUUUUUAAAGGAAACAUUUUACUGUGAUGAAUUGCCCAAUCUAAGUUUCGUCUUCAGCAAGCAGAGUUAAAUUCGUUGCAAUUUGGGCAACUUUAUUUUGUUUAUUUAUUUAAAUUAUACUUAUUUUUGGUUAAGACAAAAUGGCAAGUGUUUC